GCGGAAGCGGCCGAAGGCCUCCCCAGUUUCCAGUGCUGACUGACUGAGAGAGCUCAUCGGUCGGAUCACCGCAGAGAGAGCAAGGACAUGGCAGCAGGGAUUCGGGACUAUGACUUCUGUAGCUAGCUUGUAAACCGUCCAUAAGCUGUUGGCAACACUCUACCUGAUCGUCGUUCUUUGUUAGAUUAACGUGGGACAAACUUGUUCCUCCACACGGGAUCACAAUGGCUUUAAUUUUGUUUUCGAGAUCUCGGACUCCGUUGAUGAAACCGUCUAACGUCAGAUCGUUAAAGAACGAGCUCAGAAAAGGAAACCUACCAGAAGGAGCCUGCUUCAGCUGUACUGCGCUAAGGCUAGCUGCAAACAGCCCUGAUGUUCUCAGAGCCAGUUCAGCAACUCAGACGUUUCCUCUCAGGAAGCUGCUGUAUCCUGACCAUGCAUCUGUCCGUCACCGCUCCCCAGCUACUUCAUCUCGUCUUUACUGUGCCAUCCUGACACCUGACUCCAGCCUGCCAGGCCACGCUCAUUCCACCUCUCAUUCUACCAUAUCCCAGCUGUGCACCACGCCGGUACGGUGGGUGCACACCACAGGCUGUCUCCACGAUGACUCAAAGGUGGAGCGCUCGUUGCGAUCACUGAAAGACCGGAAUAAAAAGCUGGAGGAGGGGGGACCCAUUUACAGCCCAACGGUGGAUGCAGAGCCUGUGCGCAGAACACUACGGCAGCGUGUGGUUGAUGAAAUCAAGCACUACUACCACGGCUUCCGGCUGCUGUGGAUAGACACUACCAUCGCAGGACGCAUGCUGUGGAGAGUGCUGAAUGGACACGCACUGUCACGCCGAGAAAGAAGACAGUUUCUGAGGACAUGUGCAGAUGUAUUUCGGCUCCUGCCCUUUUUGGUCUUCAUCAUUGUUCCCUUUAUGGAGUUCUUGCUGCCUGUCGCUCUGAAGCUUUUCCCCAACAUGCUGCCAUCCACCUUUGAGACUCAGUCCAAGAAGGAAGAAAGGUUGAAGAAGGAGCUGAGAGUGAAGCUGGAGAUGGCCAAGUUCUUGCAAGACACUGUCGAAGAGAUUGCACUGAGGAACAAAGCGGAUAAAGGCAACGUCACUGAGGAGUUUUCUACCUUCUUCCAGAAGAUCCGUGACUCAGGCGAAAGACCUAGUAAUGAGCAGAUCAUCCGCUUCUCUAAGCUGUUUGAAGAUGAGCUGACCCUGGACAACCUGACGCGCCCACAGCUGGUGGCUCUCUGCAGGCUGUUGGAGCUGCAGUCCAUCGGCACCAACAACUUCCUGCGCUUCCAGCUUAUCAUGAAGCUCCGAGCCAUCCGUGCAGACGACAAGCUGAUAGCAGAAGAGGGAGUGGACAGCCUGAAUGUGAAUGAGCUACAGGCUGCGUGCAGGGUGCGAGGGAUGAGAGCUCUGGGUGUAACAGAGGAGAGGCUUAGAGAACAGCUUAAACAGUGGCUGGAGCUGCAUCUGAACCAGCACAUCCCCACCUCUCUGCUGCUGCUGUCCAGGGCGAUGUUCCUCCCUGACACUCUGUCUCCUGCAGAUCAGCUUAAAACCACACUGCAGACCCUGCCUGAGAUUGUGGCUAAAGAGGCUCAAGUGAAGGUGGCAGAGCUGGAUUUCUCUAAGGUGGAUAAUAAGACUAAGCUAGAGACCACGCUUCAGGAGGAGGCUGCUAUUCUCCAGGAGAACAGAGAGAAGGAGAUGGAGAGGCUGGCCGAUGCUGCAGAGAAAGCCAAAGAACAACAGAAGGCUGAAGUGGAGGCAGAUGUUGCUCUUUCCAACGUAGAUGCGGCUGUUCACCCUGAAACACUACGAGACGCAGCACCAGUGCUGGAAGGCAUUAAGGGUGAGGAAAUCACUAAGGAGGAGAUUGAUUUGCUGAGUGACGCCUGCACCAAACUGAAGGAGCAGAAGAAACUCCUCACCAAAGAAAAGGAGGAGCUGGAGGAGUUAAAGGAUGAUGUACAGGAGUACAAUGAGGAUCUGGAGGAGAUAAAGAAGGAGCUGUCCAAGACCGGGCAGGAGAAAGAGGUGGAGGAGUCUAAAGCCAGUAAGCAUCUGUCUCGCCGGCUCAACCGCAUGAUCAGCCGCAUGGAUAAGAUCAUAAAUGAGCUGGAGAAAGAUAAACUGGUGCUGGAUGGACAGAUGGACAGUGGAACUACGCCACCUGUUGGAUUGUUCUUUGAGAAACGUAGUGACUUACAAAGUAUGUUCCUGUCCUGUAGGGAAAACCUGAUCAGCAUCAACGAGCUCAUCGCCAUCAUGAGGCAGAUCCAGAGCAUCCCGGAACAGAAGCUGCUCAGCAUCGCUGACGCGCUGGACGAAAACAAGGACGGCAAGAUAGACAUUGAUGAUGUUAUGAAGGUGGUGGAGCUGAUCGACAAGGAAGACAUAGACAUCUCCACUACGCAGGUGGCGGAGAUCAUGGUGAUGCUGCAGAAGGAGGAGAAGCUGGUGGAGAAGGAGAAGGCCAAGGAGAAGGCCGAAAAGGAGCAGGCAGCUAAAGUUCAGAACUAAGUCCUGUGGUUUAGUGGCAAAGGAACACUGGAGCUACUGGUGCUUAAGCCCUGGGUUUCGUACUUGAAAAGGAGCGAAACUAAAUGAUAACCGUUUUAAAAAAUCAGAAAACGUUCAACCCCCCCCCAACCAUCAGAUGGCAGUCAUGUCAUUUCUUGCGAGUUGAGUCUGUGUGAGCUUUUCUUUUCGUACACCAUCGUCGCCAUCAUCAUUCCACUGCCACAGCAAUGAUUCAUUCACUCAUUCAUCUUUGUAUUUGUUGUGUUUAAACCAGGUUAUUUAGCAAAUGUCACUGAAUGUAGUUUGGGGGACCUUGAUUUGUCUGGUAAUCAAGAACGUGAAGUGGCAAUGUAACUCUAGAAAACCUGAACUCAAGGCAUUUUUUUUGCAUGAAUGCACAAAUGCUAAUGACUGAUCAGCUGUUUCAGACUGAAUCAAGUCUUGGCUGCAUAUGUUUAAUGAGCUUUCUUUUUUGUUAUUACUCAGCUGUGGCCUUGAGUGAACAAACAGCCCCAUUUCCCUGACAAUCCCAUUGAAAAUCUAGCUUUUAUAGAUUACGUAUUGCACAGAAGAAAACCCUUAAAAUGAUAUAUAAAGGAAUGUUCCAGCUUGUUAACCUAAUCUCUGUCUGCAGCAUUUGUAGCAUACAGUUGAUUACCAUAGGCAAUAAUUUCAGUGCAUUUAUAAACAGACUUAUGAUAGAAGCCAGUGGGCUAUUGCUUCAGCAGCUGCCCACUGACUUGCAUUAUAAGAAAAUUCUAGGUCGAGUGUUCUUAGUGUAGGGAAAGGUGUCAAAAUGACUGUCUGGGGUCACUGAGCAUACACUACUAAUGCGUCAGAUAGAGAUUAGGUUGAAAAAUUAUGGAUGUGCUCCUUUUACAGUUUCCUUUUCACCUGUAGUUUAAACCAGGCAUUCUUGUGGUCUUGUAUAUGAGCGAUAUAGUUAACUUUGGAACAAAUAAUGGUUGUGGAUUUUUGUUUUGCUGGGUCAGAAAGCUCUGUGUGACUGCACAGGAGAGAUGAAAUUGAGAGAGACUGCUGUUAGGUGCUUAAAGUGUGCGUGUUUGUGUGUGUUUGGACAAGUGAAGAUGUAGGGAGCUGGGUGCGGUGCAGACAGUGCCGGCGCAAAACUCGGCUCAGGCCCAGCAUGGUGAGACCAGUCUGGGUACAGUCAGUCCGAGUGCUGGGUAAACACUCACUCCAUACAUGGAGAGGGUAGGGAGCAGAGGCAGAAUACGUGCGCACACACUAAUACACAGACACAGAGAGUAUUUUGUCAGCGUAGCAUAGUUGCACAGGGCACAGCAGACAGUGAAUACAUCAUUCCCAACCCUAAACAUGUCAUACAGAGAGAACAGAGUGUCUGGGCUCAAAGCACCAUGUCUGUGCUGCGUCAGAGAGAGAAACAGUCGUAUGCAAAAGAUUGAACACCCCAGGUCAAAUUCCGUUUGUUGAUUUUCUAUGUGAAAAUAGCUUACUGCAGCACCAUGUUCUCUAUAGAGGAUGUGUGCUUAUUUUUACCUAGAAAAUCAACAAAACACAUCAUUGCAUGUUUGCACACGACUGUAAGCGUCUUUUGGGGUCAGGGUGCCUAAAUAUUUCAAACUUUGUCCAUAAGCUUUAACAAGGCAGCAGACAAGGGUCAGAGCUCCACCCUCAACACAGUAACAGCCUGUGUUUGUGCAGCUUCUGUCUGCAUAUCGACAUGUAGGCCUUAAACCACAUAUAUUAAUUACUCUGCAUUAUAAUCUCAUGCUAUUGUGUCUACUGUGUAAAGGGAGCAGGAUGUAUUAUACUGAUGUACGAUUGCACUAUGGUUAUUUAAAGCUUUUUUAUGAUUAUUAUUUUGAGGUCUUGAUCCAGACUCAGGUACUUUUGUGUAAUGUAUGCCAAGGGAUGCAGGUGCAAGUGGAGAUAUUAGAAGAAUGGUGCAUUUUGUACAGUGGCAGGAGAGUGUAUUUGUGUGAGAGGUGAGGAUUUUGGAAAGAGAGUAUUUUUUACUUUGAGCAUGCACAGCUGCUGUCCUGCUUUAAUAUAAAGCCUCUUGGUCAGACCAAUAGCUUUUUCGUGAGGUGAGUACAUGUAAGACACAUGUAGCAUAGAAGGAUAGGAGAAUGAAAACUAGAGGAGAAGGCAGGCUAAAACUCCUGAAGACUUGAGGGGGAAUUCCACCAAAUUUAGAAAAAUUUAUAGUUCAGUUGUUGAGAUGUAAACAUUCAUUUAAAGAAGUUUGAUAUGAAACGUAAGCUUCAUUCUUGCAGAGGCAGAAUUGUUCACAGUGGUGGUGAUAGGAACCAAACAUCUAAGUGUUUAAUGUCUCUAAAAGCUGCAUCACCUAAAGUCGUUUCAUCAUAGAGAAACUUACAGACUCUUGAUUUCUUUACAGUGGUGGUGAUUAGGAAUGAGGAGUCACGGCAAAACACAAAGACAUUUUAUUUACUAUCCAAAACAA